UCUUAGAAGGUCCUUUCCCAGAGCAGCAACACCACCACCGCCAUGCCUUUCACUGGGAAAUAUGAGAUUGAGUCCCAGGACAACUAUGACAGCUUCAUGAAGCUCAUUGGCAUUCCUGAUGAGAAAAUUGAGAAAGGGAGAGACUACAAAUACACCACGGAAGUAGUGCAGAGCGGCAAUGAUUUCACCUGGUCUCAGAUAUAUCCGGGAUUCACCCUCACCAAUAAGUUCACUGUUGGUCAGGAGUCAGAGCUAGAGACUAUGGCUGGGAAGAAGUUUAAGGCAACUGUCCGACUGGAAGGUGGAAAACUCGUUGUGGAUUUCCCUAAAUACAAUCACACUUCAGAGAUUGUAGGCGGGAAUCUAGUGGAGACAUCAGUAGCUGGUGGAGUAACAUUUAAACGUGUUAGCAAGAAGGUGGCAUAAGGUUCCAAAGCUCAACUUGUAUUCUUGCAUUCUUUUGAAAUCUACUAUGU